AUGGCGUAUCGUCGUGCUUCGCUGUCCUGGCUGUGCUGGUGUCAAAGGCCUCGAAAUCUCGACAGGGAAGCUUGGACACACACCCAGGCAGUGGCUGACGGCGCACACCCAUGUGCUGAUCCGUCGCAUUCCUGCCUGCCGCCAAUCGUGUUCAUCCCUGGCUUUGCUGGGAGCUUGCUUGAUGCAAGCGUUAGCAGGGAUCGUGCCGCGAAUCCGAUGUGCAGCUUGAGCGGGACAGAUCACGUCUGGUUUGAUGCGGAGUACUUCGUCCCUUUGCUUAUCGACUGCUGGAUGGAAGAGAUGAGACUGCAGCUGAACGUAACGGCUUCCAUUACCAGCGCUCUGGAGCUUGAGGACGAAGCGCAAGGUGUGCAUGUCCACACCGUCAGCUAUGGUAGCAUCAAGGAUUCGCUCUUCGACUACGGUAUCUUCCAUGGUGGGACAGGGGUCUGGACUCCAAUCAUUGCGCAACUGGAGAAGCUGGGCUUCAAUGCCUCGCACCUGUUUGCUGCCCCGUACGACUGGCGCCGUGGUCCUGGCUACUGGAAGCAGCACGACUGGCCUCGCUUGAAGACGUUCCUGGAGGAGAAGGUCCGCGAGUUUGCUCGGCCUGCCAUCGUCAUGGCGGUGUCACAAGGCUCGCCGUUCUUUGCAGGGUUCCUCCAUCACGCCGGGGUGGAUGUUGCUUGGAAGAAGGAGCACCUGGCGUCCUUCUUCUCCUUCUCCGGGGUCUUCGGCGGCACCGUGGGAGGCCUGGGCCUGGCCAUGUGGGGAGAUGCCCGGCCGCUGGGAAGAUCCCACGCAGCCUACGACCUCAAAGUGGACUUCGCCUCACGGGAGAGCCUUCGGGACCUGCUGCGCGGCUGGGGAGGUGUGAGCAUGUUGUUGCCGCGCAUCCAUGCGGAUACCGCCUUCAUCCAGCUGCCGCCAAAUUUCAAGGGCAACGUCACCUGGGACAACUUGGACGAGGCCCUCGGGCGUGUUUCCACGGAGUUCGCGGCCCUCUACGAGCUGUCGCUGUACUAUCCCAUCUCCGGGCACCCCGGCGUGAAGACGCACUGCUUUUUCGGCUCGGCACUGCGCAGCCCGGCCCAGUAUGUCUACCGAUCGACACCAAUGAACGCUUCGGAGAGCAAAAGCCUCAUGGACCAAGGCCUGGAGGCGGCAGAGCAGCUCGGGCGGGGGAAGAAGCCAGACCUGAUGUCCCUGCUGGGAGGGAUUGACAAGCUAGCGGAGGAGUUCAUUGAACCAGCGAGCAACCACACGGCUCCUUUGGUGCCAGCGGGACCGCCCGGGAGUGUGGAGUGGUGGGACUCCGUUGGACAGCUGCUCUCUUACCGGCAGCCAGACGAGCUCGUGACCACCGAUGGGGACGGCCUGGUGCCUCGGGAGUCCCUGGCAAUCUGCGAGGCCUGGGCUCAAGCCGAGGAUCCCUCGCUUGCUGCGGAGAUCCACGAGGUGAAGGGGCGCAGCCACGGCUCGGAGCUCUUUGAUCCCGAGGUGCUCUUGGCCAUGCGAGCCUCCGUUGCGAAGGUGGCCGGCGUGAAGAAUCCAGAUGACAGGAGCACACCCUUUGGAAAGCCAUCUCGUAUGGACAGAGACAUGGCGCGACCGUUGGAAGAGUUUAUCCAGAUCGUCGGGCCCGACGUUGCAAGAUGGGACUGCCGAACGUGGGCGAUGCAGUACUUCAGUGAUGGUGACCUCCACGGCUGCAGCGGGAAGCUGAUCCUUGCCUCCAGCGGCUGCCAGGAUCCCGGCUGCCGCCAGGCCUUCACGCGUGAUCCGGAGACUCUGUCGCGGCGGUGCCCCGAGACGUGCGGCGGUCGACUGCCGAAGCACGGAUUGGACUUGCCUCGACCUCUGGAGGAGUUUGAGGCGAUCCUGGGACCUCAGGUCGCUUCCUGGAGCUGCCAGCAGUGGACGAACCUCUACGAUGAUGUGCUCGACGCGGGCUGUGCGGGGGAUGCCGUGAUGAAGGCAAAGAACUGCGACGAGGGGUGUCGAAGCGCAUUUCGAGGCGACAGGUCCUUCAUGCAACGGCGAUGCCCAGCGACCUGCCAAAAUAACGGAACGGACCUUCCCCAGCCCUUGAAGCAGUUCGAGCACGCCGUGGGGCCAGAGGUGGCCAGCUGGGACUGUCCGAAGUGGGUGAAGCUCUACCAUGUUCCGGACUGUGCGGCCGAUCAGAUCCUGUCGUCGCCCAGCUGUGAUGAAGGGUGCCAUCGAGCUUUUGCUGACGAUCCGUUCUUCCUCUUCCGCCGCUGCCCGGAGACUUGUACAAGAGGGAGGAAUGCAGAUUCCAUGCAGUUGGCGCAGUCAGUGCCUGCGAAAGGGGACAGGGACGCACAUGUGAUGGCAUCCAAAGGAGGCCACGCAGCACCGUGGGAUCCCUGGGCUUUGGGCAAGUGGCUGCCGCUUCUUCUCCUUCCGUUUCCCUUCCUGUUGGCAGCGCGAAAUCUUCGUGGACGCCCUCCAGCCGCGGCCGGCGAGGCCGGCACUCCUUUGCAUGACGCCGGUGAGUUCAGCGAGUUCGAGGGCCGAGCGCCCGUGAGAAGUUGGUGGCCUCUUGGAAGCCUCGGAACGAGGCCAGCAGCUGCGAGGGAGGUGGAGCUUCAGGGACAUUCUGCUCCCUAG